UCGAAAGGGCCAAAGUUCAGGUCUAAAUUGCCUAUUGGCAUCCAGACCUAAGAGAAAGAUGGGAGUUUCGGAUGGUUCACGGUCACAUGCCCUGGUACGGCCAAGACACCCGCUGUCGCUCCUGCCUCCAUCUCUCCUGCCUAUUAAGUCCUCGAUAUCUUUCUGCCUGGCUUCCUACAAUGCUCUUUCCUAUGAUCUUCAAGCUUCAAAGAUCGCUUCACGGCUACGGUAAAAGCCAAGGUUGAGUCCCUUUCUCCGAAGGCGAAUCACUGACUGUUGAUGCUUGUACUUAUUCAUUGUCACUGCUUUCUGUCCUUCUCUUUCAAUUGCCGGGCUUCCCAAGCUCUCUUCUUGUCCAAAUUAUGGAUAACCACAUUCAGCAGAGUACGCCGGCAGCAGGCUCCAAUGAUUACCUCAAUGAGCGCUUCUCAGGACACCAGCCAGCAGAGAGUGAGCCAAAUGGAUUCAGAUUCGCACCUGCACCUGGACUUCGGCAUCAGGCACAAGAACCUGUAUCAAUCAGUAGCAAUAAGUAUGGUAUGGAUCUUGUAGACGCAUCUCAGGCUCAAUCUGCGUCAAGUACAGCCCGGACAAGACUGUCCUUCGCUCCUCCCAGCAUGUACGGUCAAUCUGCGCGAGAGCCUAGGACGACUACAAAUGCCGACAAUCACUUCAGGUUUACCCAAAAUCUGCGUAUCGGUGUGCCGCUCAGUCGACCUCUCCCGAAACAGCUCAGCAUACAUUCUAUGGACCCAAUCAGCCCACUGGCAACGGCUAUGUUGACGCAGCAAUCGAUGCCAAUCAGACAAUCACAGUCCUUGCAUAGCAUGAAUAUUGAUAUGCUACUUGGGCAAGCAUCCUCGGGGCGUGAGAAACCCCAGCCAGCCAGCCUACCAGGUCCGUCGCCAACAAAUGCACUAUCCCUAUCACAACAACCACUACUACAGAGACAGUCUAUGUUGGGCCAUGCCAAUGUCUUUCAAGGAUUACAAGCAAAUAGGCUUAAUCAACUUCAACCUCAAAGGCAGCAGGUCACACCACCUUUCAAUCUUGGUGAGCUGUCUUCUGCUGUUGACUUUGACACAGUCUAAUACCUUUAGGUGGAAUCAGUGGCAGCCCAAAUACCUAUCAGUCCACGCAUAGCUCGUCACCUCUUGCUGGUCAAGGAUCAAGCCCAACAGCUCGUGUCAGUCUCCGAAGAGCUGCGAAUCGCACGAUUUCCACUGUCGAAUCUUCUAUCAGGGGCAUUAGUACGGACUGUGACGAGCAAGAAGAUGUGCCACAGACACCCCGGCGACUGAACGCGUACACCACCAACAAAUACACACCCAAAACACUGGCAUUGAACCAUGCACCGCCUAUGGUACAUGGUAUUCAGCUCAUUUCUCCUCAUGUACUACCAGAUCGUUUUCGUCAAAUAUUUCCAUACCAGCUUUUCAAUGCUGCACAGUCCAAGUGUUUCGAUCCUAUAUACAAGACUAAUGACAAUGUCGUGGUGUCUGCUCCAACAGGCAGUGGCAAAACAGCUCUUCUUGAACUGGCUAUAUGCAAAGCUGUAGAAAGUUUUGGGACUGGACAAUUCAAAAUUGUUUAUCAAGCUCCAACUAAGUCACUAUGCUCGGAGCGCGUUCGAGACUGGGACACAAAGUUCAGCCAUCUGAACCUCCCUUGUGCUGAGCUGACCGGCGACACCAGCCAGUCAGAAAUGGCUCGUGUUCGCAGCGCCUCUAUUAUCGUCACAACACCUGAGAAGUGGGAUAGUAUCACACGUAAAUGGAGUGAUCAUCAGAAACUUGUCCAGAUGGUCAAGCUGUUCCUCAUUGAUGAAGUUCAUAUCCUGAAAGAUGCAAGAGGUGCGACUCUGGAAGCUGUCGUAUCUCGUAUGAAGACGAUGGGUGCAAAUGUUCGUUUCAUAGCUCUUAGCGCCACUGUUCCCAACUCGGAAGACAUUGCAGUCUGGCUAGGUAGAGAUCAUACCAAUGAGCAUAUCCCCGCUCAUCGAGAGACUUUUGGUGAAGAGUUUCGACCAAUUAGACUACAGAAGCACGUUCACGGCUACGAUGGUAAUCCAAACGACUUCGCAUUCGAAAAAGUCUUGGACGGCAAACUGCCAGCAUUGCUUCGUCAAUACAGUCAGAAGAAGCCAAUCAUGAUAUUCUGCUUCACGAGAAAGUCUUGUGAGACUACUGCCCAAAAUCUGGCGGAGUGGUGGUUCAGGCAGAGCCCGGCUGACCGCGUUUGGCCUGCUCCGUUGAAGACCGUUGCGGUCAGUAAUAAAGACCUCCAUCACCUGGUUUCUUGUGGUGUUUCAUAUCACCAUGCUGGUUUGGAUCUUCAAGAUCGCAUGGCAAUUGAGUCAGGUUUCUUGAAAGGAGACGUCAAUGUCAUUUGCUGCACUUCCACACUUGCCGUAGGAGUGAAUCUUCCUUGUCACACAGUUGUGCUCAAAGGAACCGUCUGUUUUCAGGACAGCCACCUCGUCGAGUAUUCGGAUCUAGAGGUCAUGCAAAUGCUUGGUAGAGCUGGCCGCCCCCAGUACGAAAACAGUGCUGUCGCUGUAAUCAUGACUCGAAGCGAUAAAGUCAAUCGCUACAAAAAGAUGGUUUCUGGUCAAGAUAUUCUUGAGAGCACACUGCAUCUCAAUCUUAUCGAACAUCUCAAUUCCGAAAUCAGUCUCGGAACCAUCAAGAAUGUCUAUGAUGCAAAGAGGUGGCUCUCUGGUACCUUUCUCAGUGUCCGGAUGCGCCAGAAUCCGAACUACUACAAGAUCGAAGGUGCAUCUCCUGGUGGAGAUGCUGACAGACGUUUGGAGCAAGUCUGCGAGAGAGAUAUUUUGCUUCUCCAACAGCACAAGUUAGCCAGUGAUCAGGAGCGAAUUGGUAGUACUGAAUAUGGGGUGGCCAUGUCUCGCUUUAUGGUGCAGUUCGAAACGAUGAAGCUGCUUCUGUCUAUUCCAUCGAGAGCAGGCACAGAACAAAUUCUUCACGUAAUCUGUCAGGCUGCCGAGUUUAGGGACCUUCGGAUGAAACCGAAUGAGAGACAAUACCUCCGUGAAUUCAACAAGUCCCCCUUCCUCAAAUUCCCAAUUAAGGAAAACGUCACAACGACGCAUCACAAAGUUUCACUGCUCAUACAAGUUCAACUGGGGGGAAUUGAGGACCCUACGGACAAAGAAUUUUUCCAGGUGAGACGGCAAUUUGCAACAGAUCGGAGCAUCGUAUUUGAUCGCAUACAACGUCUCAUCCACUGUGUCAUUGAAUGCAAGGCAUACGAACGUGACUCGGUAUCGACUCGCCAUGCGCUCGAUCUCGCACGAAGUAUUUCUGCAGGAUUUUGGGAGUACUCAAAUCUGCAGCUGAGACAACUCCCUCAAUUCGGUCCUGUUGCAACACGGAAACUAGUGAGCAACAGCGUGUCAACCGUUGAACAACUGGGAAAGAUGGACACUGCCAGCAUUGAAAGACUCGUGUCCAAAAAUCCUCCAUUCGGGAAAAAGACGAGGGACGUUAUUUCGGGUUUCCCCAUCCUGAAUCUGACUUGUGAGAUUGUGAAGAGAAUCACUGAAAAGCCAAAGGCCUCACCCAAGAUCCAAGUCAAAGCUCGCCUGUGGUACGAAAAUGACAAGAUCCCUAUAUGGAAGGGUAGGAAGCCCUCCGUAACAUUUUUAGCUGAAACGACUGAUGGCAAAAUUGUCCAUUUCUGGCGUGGUAAUAUCUCCAGGCUAGAAAAAGAUUUUGAUAUCAGAUUCACUGUCGAGCUUCUAGCACCGGAUGUUGAUGUCAAAUGCUGGGUCGCAUGCGAGGACAUUGUAGGCACUGUUAAGUCGUGCAUCCUCAAGCAUAAUGUUCCGGCUUCAGAAUUUCCACCAGUCCCUGUCGUAAUCAAGACUAAAAUCAAGACAGCACCGAACACUUCGGAAGACUCAGUCCCUGAGGUCGACGAGUUUGGCACUGGUGAGGUUGAUGAUGAUGACAUGAUCGCUGCUAUCAACGGCGUCGAGACUGGGAAGACUGACUAUGGCUCGGAUGAAUUCCUCGACAUCGAUGACGCGGCGCUAAACAAGUCAAAAUACCAGAAGCCAACGACCGGCAAGCUUGGAAAGGAGGUAAAAGAGAAAGGGAAAAGGGAAGUUGAGGUUUUAGAACCUUUCCAAAUGGCUAAUGGAAAGUGGACGUGCAAUCACGCCUGUCGUGAUGGUCAACUGCUGAAGAAUGGUCAACCUUGCAAGCAUUACUGCUGUCGUGAGGGUCUGGACAAGCCACGGAAGACCAAGAAAAAGGUCAGCCAACUAUUCCUAGUCUUCUUCUGUCCAAGCCACGAUAAGAGUACUGAUACAAAUGCCAGCCAUCUGUGGGAACAGCUGGAAAGGCUACCUCCGCCUCAAAAGUUUGUUUUUUUAACUGAAUGGUUUGUUCCACACUGACUGAGUUUCAGCAACAGAGCAGUGAGUUUUCUGUUACCAGGGGUAUGAAUUUUGACAAGAAAAAUCUCGGGUCACGACAUGAGAUACCUGUGCCUCGAUCCAUUCGUAAACCACAGCCGAAACUCAAAUUGGGCCACUACAGUGAUACGGAUGACAACAAUGCCGAGAUGGUGGACCUUUCAAAUGUCCUUAGCCCAGUUUCCUAUUCAGAUCUUGCGCCACGGGACUAUCGAAAGCUACACAAACUCCAUACGAGUGUACAAUCCGACAAAGCUAGCAUUCGCUUGAACCAAAAACCACACUUUUCUUAUGCCAGCCACAAAGAGCCUGAAAUUCCAUUCCUCAAGAAGAAGAGCGGCGGGCUUGACGACGAGCAAGACUUUCCAUCGCCCUCUGCUUUGGUAGGCGAUAAUGACCCAUUCGAUCUAGACUUAGAUCAAGUUGAAAUCUGUAAGGACAACACCCGGGAAACGCUUCCUUUAGAAUCAAUUUCUCCAUAUCGAGAUGCUUCCAUUGAAAGUCUCGAAGCUGAUAUGGUGGCGUUUGACCACCCUGUCACAGCUGUGCACACAACUCCAAAUGCAGGAUCUAGCUUCUGCAAUGAGCUGUUCGAUUUUGAAGCAUUCGAAAAUAUUGGUGAUGAGCCCGUACCAAUUUCUGCGUCCGGCGCAAUUGGAGGUACUUCUAACAUCACUAUACCAACAUCAGGCUCUACUCCUCCGAAGAGAACACUUUCCUUGAGCCCAGAGAAGACAGAAGUCAAGCACCGCCGCAUCAUGAAAGAUCUCUCAGCAGCCCCGAAUGCCUACUCAUUUCCUUCAUGGGUCAACGAGUUCGAUUCUGAGCUCAUUGCUGGGUUGGAGAACCUCGUUGAAUUCGUUGAUUGAGCCAGAGUCAAUAGUUUUUGACAUCGUGGAAGAACAGCUACUUAGUCUCUGGUCAGAGCUAUGAGAAUUCAAGAUGAUCUGCUGAGCUUGCAUGGCAUGUCGCUCUACCUAGCUAUAUGAUAUUUUUGGGGGAUGUUGGGGAAUCACAAAUUUUACUUGCUUGAAGGGAGCUAAAUUGAUAGAUAGAUACCUAUUUGCAUGGCUGUAUGUGUGCUAGCUUGUUGUAAUUGACUUGCUUGCUUCACGCUAUCCCCUCUACUCUAAAUACAUGCAUUUGUGCACCCUGGUGCGGAGAAUAACACUCGAACAGACCAUUGAGACUUCCGAAAAAUGUCUCCAGUUGAAGCUAGAUCCGCAGGCUGAACAGUGAUACGCUGACUGGCGGAGACACGUUGUCCUUGGUACGAAAUUGGAUACCUCGGGGUACUAAGGCAUAAACCAAAGGUAGAUUUUGAGGAUGGAUUGGAUAAGUACUUGCUUACGAAGCGAGUCGAGUAACGAUGACCGAUUGUAAAAUCACAAAUAGACUAGUAUAUCAAAAAAGGAACACCUAGCAGAAAAUUG